AUGGCAGAUACAUUAUUUCAACAAGCCGAUACAAACAGAGACAAUCGAUUAGAUAUAAACGAAUUUCGUAAUCUCGUCUCUUCCGGUGGAGUAGGUGGAGUAGGUGGAGGAAGUUUUGGAUCAUCUGGUUAUUCAAGUGGUAGUUAUGGAGCCGAUGCUUCCCUAGCUGGAUUAGCUGGAGCUGGUGGUGGAUACAGUUCGUAUUCAUCAGGCUCAAGCUAUGGUGCCGGAUUAGGAGGAGCUGCUGAUCUCUCUGCUUUCGGAGCAGGUGGUUACGGUUCAUCAUCAUAUGAAUCAUCCGGUUAUUCAUCUGGAGCAGGAUUAGAUGUUGCAGGUUACGGAGGUGCUGGUGGAGCAUAUGGAGCUGAGUAUUCAUCGGUGAGCGGUGGAGUAGGCGGAUAUGGAAGCUCAGGCUAUUCAUCUGAAAGUACAUCAGUUCAACGAUAUGCAACGGAUGCUCAAGGAUUAUAUCAAGAUUCAAAUCCACAAAUAAUCCGUAGACCAGCACCAGGCGGUGGUGUCACAUACAAACAAAACAUCCUAGUUCGAUUCUUACAACCACCACCAAUUCCACCACCAGGUCCAUUGAUCAUCCGAGAAGUUCGACCACCACAGCCACCAGCGCCACCACCGCUCGUUGUGCGUCAACGCGCCCCAGCACCCCCACAACCGCCUCCACUUAUCCUUCGUGAAAGACCACCACGUAUCCCAGCCUCAGUUGCAGCUCAAACAAUCAUCCGAAGACUGCCUGCAUUACCAGUACCACCACGAUCAGUCAUCACUGAACGCUUACCUGCUCCUCCUCCAAAACCUCGUGAUAUAAUCAUUGAGCGAUGGAUCCCAUAUGGCGCACAAGCGAAACGAAGAACAGUUGUUCAACGUGCAGGUGCUGCUCACCAAUAUACAGCUCCACGAAAUGUCAUCAUUCAAUAUGAACCAAUUCAAGCUCGUGUUGUUCGACAAUUUCAACGACUUGGAGUUCAACAAGAAAAUCCAGUCGUAUACGUUCAACGUUGGGGUGCUCAAUUACGUGACAGUGUGACACUUCUUCAAGAAGCACGAUCGGCUGGAGUUGUUGAAGAUAUCGAAAAAAUCCUUUUGCAGAUAUUUAAUAGCUCUAUGUUAGCAAAAAUGAUAUCGCUUUUGAAUGUAUCCUUUGGAGGUGAAUUAGCAGGUGCUGGUGGAGCCGGUUAUGCUUCAUCUUAUGAAUCUAGUUCUUCAUAUGGCACUGGAGCUGCCGGUUUCGGUGGCCUAGAAGCAGGUGGAGCUGUUUUAGGUGGCUAUGGAGCAGCUGGCUUAGGCGCAAGUGGAGCAGUUGGCUUAGGCGCAAGUGGAGCUAGUCUUGGUGGCUUAGACGUAAGUGGAGCUGGUGGUUAUGGAGGUUCUUCAUAUGAAUCUUCAUCUUAUUCUUCAUCCGGUGAUUUGGGAGGAUUUGGCGUAAGUGGAGGAUUUGGCGGAGGAUUAGGUGGCUCAUCAAGUUACCAAUCGUCAUCAUACGGUGUUGGAGGUGAUGCAGCUUUUCUGUAA